ACCUCACGGAAGGACCUCAAGGCGAAGGGGGUCGUAGCGCGCCUGUAUCAGGAAGCAGAAGGAGAGUGACCAAAAUUACAAUGAAUCCUGACAAUCCGCAUCAGAUUCUAGGAAGAAUCAGGUUUCUGAUUGAGUGCAUUGAUUGCUUCAGGAACAGUAAACCUUUGCCAGAAGCCUUGUGUUAUGUCCCCAAAGAGGUCUUGUAUAAAUUCUGGAAAGACUCCACCUUGUCUUCUACCAUAGUGGGACGAUCUCAGUACAUUGUUUCAAUAUGGCAGUUAGCCUCCCAGCCUCAGCGCAAGAAACUCUUUGACAUUGAAUUAAAGAGAGGGACUUGCAUCAAAGCAACUGGAGAGGAAUACUGCAACAGCCACGGCCUGUGGGUGAAGCUGAAUCAGGAGCAAUUACAAGAGUACAAUAGCAAUUGUCAGGAAACAGAAGGCUGGAUUCUUCUGUGUAAGCAGCCUGAAGGUGGCGAGCGACUUGUGCCAGUGGAAACACCCGAAAGGCUUCAGAAACAGCAGCAGCUUUUUGGUUAUGAUUACAGGCCAUGUAACAGAUGGGAAAAAGUGGUUGAUGCGCAAUAUUCAUUCUAUCUGGGUGCAAAACCCAAGAUCGCAGACAGGGAUGAUGCUGCGAUGCAAAGGCUGAGGUAUGUUCCUCCAACUUGGACAUUUGAGUGUGAUGAAGAUUUGGUGCAUUACCUCUACGAUCGCAUAGGAAAAGAAGAUGAAAACUUAGGCAGUGUCAAACAUUUAGUUGACAGCAUAGAUGCUUCCUCUUUCUCGGAUGAAGCCAAUGUGUGGUGUUUGACUGAUGGUGACAAUGACACUUUCUGGGAGAGUGAGGGGAAUCAGGGCCAUCAUUGGAUUCGACUUUACAUGAAGAAAGGCACAAUUAUAAAGAAGCUGAUCAUCUCUGUAGAUGCAACAGAUGAUAACUACAUGCCAAAAACAAUUCAUGUGUUUGGUGGGGAUCGAGAUAAUUUAAAAAAGUUGAAUGAUCUCACGGUUGAUGAAACUUUAGUUGGUGAUCUGUGUAUCCUGGAAGAUAUGAUGGUUCACCUUCCUAUAAUUGAAAUCCGGAUUAUAGAAUGUGUAGAUGGAGGAAUAGAUGUCCGACUACAUGGCCUUAAGAUCAGAUCUUCAAGGGAAAGAGACCUCGGAUUAAACAUUGACAUGUUUCAAGCUGCAAACCUAGUCCGUUAUCCACGCCUUGAGGGACAUAACUCUGACAUGCUAUAUAGAAGAGCUGUAGCAAUCCACAGAUUCCUUAAACUCCUGGACAGUCUUCUUCAUUAUCUUGUGCCAGCCUGGGAUCACACAGUUGGGUCGUUUGGCCAGUUAAAGCAUAUCAAGCAGUUCCUUCUGCUAUCAAAACGGCGCACCGCUCUGAUUACACAAUGCCUCAAGGAUUCAGAAACUAACAAACCCAACUUCAUGCCAAAACUCUACAUCAAUCGGCGAGUUGCCAUGGAGCACCGGAAUAAUCCCUCCCUUGAUCCCUCUUCUAAGAAUGCUGUGUUCACGCAGAUGUUUGAAGGUUUGAAGCCAUCGGACAAAUGCGAAAAACCCUUAGAUUACAGAUGGCCAGCACGCUAUGACCAGUGGUGGGAAUGUAAAUUUAUCUCUGAAGGGAUCAUUGAUCAAGGUGGAGGAUUCAGAGAUAGCCUCUCCGAUAUCUCUGAAGAGCUGUGCCCAAGUUCUGGGGACAGUCCAGUGCCUUUACCCUUUUUUGUAAGGACAUCUAAUCAGGGUAACAGUACUGGAGAAGCACGAGAUGUGUAUGUUCCUAAUCCAUCCUGUAAAGAAUUUGCAAAGUAUGAAUGGAUAGGCCAGCUGAUGGGGGCUGCAUUGAGAGGACGCGAGCUUUUGGUGCUGGCUCUUCCUGGAAUUAUAUGGAAACAACUAGCAGGAGAGGAAGUGAAAUGGUCUAAAGAUUUUCCUGCUGUGGACUCUGUCUUGGUGAAACUGCUGGAAGCGAUGGAAAGCAUGGACAAGGAGACAUUUGAAUUCAAAUUUGGGAAUGAUCUCACUUACACCACUGUACUUAGUGAUCAUUCUGUUGUGGACCUGAAACCUGAUGGCAGCAACACUGUUGUCCAAUAUGAGGAUCGGAAGGAGUUCAUUCAACUGGUUCAAAAAGCAAAACUGGAAGAAAACAAAGACCAGAUUCAAGCAAUGAGAGCUGGUCUACUGAAAGUGAUUCCCCAAGCGGUGCUUGACCUCCUGACCUGGCAGGAGCUCGAAAAGAGAGUCUGUGGUGAUCCUGAAAUUACAGUGGAAGCUCUCAAACGUUUAACUCGCUUUGAAGAUUUGGAACAGUCUGAUACCAGAGUCAAAUAUUUUUGGGAAGCCCUCACAAAUUUCACUAAUGAGGAUCGCAGUCGAUUUUUAAGGUUUGUUACAGGUAGAAGCCGUCUGCCCGCUCCUAUAUUCAUCUACCCAGACAAGUCAGGCUCAGAGAAAACAGAUGCCCUCCCAGAGUCUUCCACAUGCUCCAGUACACUUUUUCUGCCGAACUAUUCCAGUGCAAAGCUUUGUGAAGAGAAGUUACGUUACGCAGCGUACAACUGUGUGGCGAUAGACACUGAUAUGGUACCCUGGGAGGAGUGACAACCAGACAUCAUCUGUCUAGAAUCAAACAAGAUGCUGUUGCAGAAACUGAUUAUGGCCCACUUACAGCUAUUUUAAAUUUGUGUUAUCUGUGUAAAUGCUCAUUCCUUUAAAUUCAAGUAAUUUUUUUUUCCUGUUUUUGUCUCUACUGUAAUUCCGAGACUAGUUGAUUCCUCAAUCCUAUCAGAACCGUAAGUUCUCAGAAUUAUUUCACAAGUCUUCAAAAAGUGGCAUCGCCACGUGACCUCGUGAAGUCCUCCUAUCUUGGCAAUUGUUUAAAAAAAAAAUUAGACCUGUAUGGUUGUUUGGCUUGAGAACAUUGCUUUGGCUUAGACCAGAGAAAAAAUAUUCUCUAAAGUCUAGAGGCAAGCCGAGCCUUUCCACAAAAUAAAAUUGAUCAUCAUGGUUUGAACUUUACUAAGUCUCCACAAUGUUGGCACCAUUUUAUUAGACGUGGUGCUGGACUCCAGAGACAUAAUGACACUGAUGCUUGUGAUGGACUUCUCCUACUUCGUACGAGGGAACACACUGUCUUUGGGAAUUCUGGCAGAUCGUCAUUUUUCCUUUGCCAGUUCAAAUGUUACCAGCUUUGUAUUAUACCUGACUCCGCACCUCUGCCUAGGUGGGAAUAGCCUCAGUGUUUCCUCAGAGCUCUGAAGGAGCCAUUCCACAGCUAUCUCUGCCUUUAGUAUCUAUUCAUUUCAUGUGGGCUGCUCCUUGCCUUCUGCCACCCUUAUCUGUGAAGCUGGACCCACAAAGGAGAGUGCAUCUGCACUGAUGAAGGGUGUGCAGGAAUCAUGUGACUGUUUCCUCAGUGUCCUGCUCCUCUGACGACUGCAUUUCUUCCUCUUAUCCCCAUUGCCUCCAGUGAUACAAUGAGAGAUAAAUGACAGCUCCAUGCCAUGCUGACUACUGACAGUUGAAAUCCUGCAGUUUUCUUGGAUGAAUAGGGCUUUUUAUGUAAGUUGCAUAAUAAAGCCAGCUGCUAGUGUCAUCAUGUAAUUCUUUCACCUGAUCGCUGCAGCACCUUUUGUAUUGGUGAAAGUUUGUACUAAUGAUUGUAUUGCCUGCUUCUCCUAGCAAACUUGGAGCACCCUCAUAAUUGGCUAACUUGCAAAUUCACCUGGAAGGGUCUGUAUUCGUAGUCACAUUUCCAACCACAAUGUAAUCUUAAUGCUGUUAUAUAUUCCAUGUACUUAAGGUUCCACGUAAUGUUCUUCGCUAUGCCUAAAGAAAGAAAAGUGGUAUGUUAGAUGCACAUGUGUAAGUUAUAUUUGAUGUGCAGUCACAGAAUAAAUAGGAAUUGAACCUUUUCUUUAUCAUCAUCUUGCUUCAUCCCCAAACCCCUUGAUUCCCAUUUCAUCCUAAAUCUAACAAUCUCAGUUCAGAAUGAAUUGUGUGACUGAGGAUCUGCAGGUCUCUGGACAGAGAAUUCCAAAGAAUCCUACUUGAGGGGGAAAAAGUUUCUCAUCUCAUUCCUAAACCUUUAUUCUGAUACUGUGACUUCUAAUUCUAAACUCGAAUGAGAGGGGAGAAAUGUUUCAAGCACAUACCCUGAAAUCGCUUUAGGAAUUUAUGUUUCAAGACGGUUACCAUGCCAGAUUAAACUUUGGGGAAUAUGCACACAGUCCACUAAAUAUCACCUAGGAUAAUGUCACGUCCCCAGGAAUCUACAUAUUAACCUUCCUAGAAUUCUCCUUGGGACAAGUAUAACCUUCCAUGGGUAAGGAGACCAAAUCUGUACAUAAUUGUAGUACAGAUGACAAAUGUAAUGCAGUACAUUGCUUGGGUAGAAAAUAAAGGGCAACUCUUGGGGGGAAAACUUCUAUUUAAUUUUGUUAACUCUGGUCAAUAACACACUGCAAGUAUCACCCUGACUGACCUACUUCACACGUAACUAAUGAAUUGGCAAGAUUGCUCCCAAACGUGGUCCAUGUUUGAAUAGAUCCUUAUAGUUGUAUGCCAGCACAUUUUUGGCUGUAAUGAAACAGCUGCAACAUAUCAGAAAUAUUCUUGUAUUGAAGUGAUUUUUUUUUCAUAUUCAGAGAGCUGGAAGAUUAAAUUUAGCUUUUAAUUUGGAUCUGUUUCUGUCACAUCAUCACAGUGCAUUUGAUGCAGGUUGCUAAACAUAUGGCCUAUCCCUAAAGUGAAGUCAUUUUUGUUUCUUGACUAUUAAUCCUAGAUCAUGAAAAACGUGGUACAAUGUGUAUCAAGAGUUUAGAAACAUCAUGAAUUAAGUGUAUUCUAAAUGAUUUUGAACAAUCAUCCAAUUUAUUGCUUGGGGUGUCUUGGCAGCUUGAUGAUGGGGAAAAUUUGCCAAAACUAUUGAGAAACUUUGAAUUACAGAUUGUGUUCAAGCUAACAUAAACUGAUCUGGUCCCUCCAGGAAGGACUUGUGUUUAAAGGAAACACAAGUUGAACAACUUCGGCAAAUGCCGUAGUGUAAUCUGACAACAACUCCCUUUGAUAGGUGCUACCUUACUGGAAGCACAGAAUUGAGGCAUUAUCGGCAUACACCUGCCCACUCCCCAUCCCCCAAUUUUGCUAUUUCUCAGACGAGCCGGUAGAUUGAAUGCGGCAAUGGCAAUCUCUGCUGUCGGACUACUCUUUAUCAUUGGAGAAUAGAUUACACAAGUCGAAAUGAUGACAGCUGUGGCAAAUACUUUCUGCCAAAAUAGGUGUUGCCUAACAGCUAAUACCAGUGAGGAUCUAUUGGAUGGGAAUGUGAGAUUCAAUGAGGUUUAUAUUUCUAAUUUUUUCUAGCUAUUUAAAACCUAGUUGAAGCUGACUUCCUAGUUUAUACACUCCAUCUUUCUGGCUACAUGCAAACACUUCAAUAGACAUGAGUAAAAUGUGUAAUUUAUGUUGAUUAAUACUGUAUUGAAACAGUCAAGUUGUGAAAUAUUUUGUCAAUAUUAUAGGAUAAAUUAACAGUUUACAUAAUAAAACUUA